AUGAACUCGUCGUUGUCGGAGAUGUCGAAUGUGCGUUUGAGCUUGUUGGAGAGCGCAAUGGCCCGUUUCUGGACGAGCUGGUUGUUGUCGAACUCGGACAGUCGCUUUGCAACCGAGAACUCGAACCUGGAUCGGGCUUUGCGGAUCUGUCGUGGGGGAGAGUGUGGUGCUGGUGGUUUGGUGUUUUCAUUAAUGGUCAAAUCGAGCGGCGAGGGCGAAUUUGCAAGACAGGUCUGGUCGUCCUCGUCAUCAGAGACGUUAUCGGAGUCAAUAUUGGGGAACUCUUCGUUGUCUUCAGAGUGUUCGUCUGUGGGGACAUCUUCCGGGGCGAUCUGUUGCUCUUCGCCUUCGAGGUCCUCGAAUCCCGCGGCAGAUAAUUUCGGGGUCACCACUCUGGACACCGAUUUGGACCGCGGUUUGUGGGGCGAUGUUCGUCUCGAGAUCGACGUGAUCAGACGGUGCGGUGACAGCGCAAAAUGUCGCUUGGAAGGACUGUGCAGCUCUGUCUGCGAAUCCCUGCGCGUGAGACGUUCUUCCGGCUCCAAGAUCAACGGCGUCACCGACCUCGACUGCGUGCUGGACACUUCUUCACUCGGCUCGAACAACGACCCUUGGAUCGGGCUGUUGAACCCAAACCGCGGAUCGACAACGUAUCUGAUGGGUGUCAACAAGGCGAAGAAGUUCCACGAUAAACAGAACGUGGUGAUUCCGGGAAGAAGUAGUGUUGGGAUCCGAAGCGCGAAAACUACUCUGAACGGGUUCACCCCAAUCAGUUUGAACUUUUUCGAUGUUUCCUGUUUCCAUUUGACAAACUUGACCUCGGGAGUGGUUUCCUUCAGGAAGAAGUACGCCAGUAGGAAAACCGCAGCGGUGAUUCCUGCUUGGACCCAGAAAAUGAUCCGCCAGGAAGCAUACGUGAUGAUGAUGCCCGAUAUCACGGGAGCGAACGCACUGGCAGACAGUGUGCCAGCCAAACAGCAGCUCAACGCGGUGGAUCGCUCUGUUGGCUGGUAA